UUCAAACUGAAAAAGAUAAAAAUAUGAAGCUAUCUCUCUCUCUCAUUUCAAUUUAUAUUAAAUUCAUUGCAUUUAUGGAAACAUAGUUGUUAUGCAUUUUUUAUUUUACGUUUUUUUUACGUUGUUUAUCGCUUUUUAGUUAUCAGUAAUAUUGCGAAGAUAAAAACGAGCUACGAAGAGUGCCUUACAUAACCAUCAUUUUUAUGCUGCUUUAAAUAUCAAAAUAUUUUUUUCCACAAAGCUAAUACAAACGGGAUUACAAAUAAUUUUUAAAAAAUUACAGAGAAUAAUUAUGUGUCGACUGCAAACUAUAGACAAAUAUUAUAACAAUCUACAAUAUAAUGAAAAUAAUAGAGAAGAGGUAUUAACAAAAAUAUCUGCUUUACCUAAAACAAUAAAGUUUAAAAAUGUUAAUGACAUCUCAGAAAGAUUCCUCGAAAUAGCAUCCAUAAUAGAAAAGAAUCUAUCUCUUUUUCAAUCUGUAUGUAAACAUGUAGAUGUGGUUACCACUAUUAUUGAAUAUUUAACUAAUUUUGGUGUAAAACUUUCGCUUUGCAGUAAUUUUGAAGAGGAAUAUGAGAGAGAUGAUAUAAUUUUAUUAGUGAUGCUUACUCUUGUGCAUAUAUGUGGAGAUACUCAUAUGGAGAUACACUUAUUUUUGGAAGAUACUAUUUACAAAAAUUAUGAAACAUAUCAAUAUCAAUGGAAACAUAAAUGUCAUCAAUUAAUAAAAGAUCAGUUCAAUGAAAUGAUACUUCUAGAAGAUUCAGAUUUGUAUGCAGUUAUUAGCUAUUUGAGAAUUAUCUACCCUAAACAAGGAUGUCUUUCUUAUUUUAAUAAAAUUUGGGUCCAAGAAUUUAUAAAAGAAAAGUUUUUAUGGCUUGUAAAAGAAUAUUUUGAGAAUUUAACUCUUCCCAUCUAUGUAUUUCGAUCAAGGAAAGAAUUACUUACAAACCAUGAACAUUGUAAAAUGAAAAUAGUAUCCAUAUGGUCAGAAGAUAUUAUAGCUGCAAAAAAUUUAGCGUCAUCCUUAAAUAAAGAAGUUUUAUUUAUAAAUACACACAUGGAUUUAUAUAGUGGUAUUGUACUGUUACCUUAUAUAAAAAUAUUCAGUGAAACAUUGAAUACACUAUUAUACAAAAAACUGCAGAAUUGUGAUGUUAACAAUUAUGCGAUAAAAUCAGAGAUUUUGAAAGCUGAAACUCCAACUUAUAAUCUGUUUUAUAAUGGUAAAUGGCAACAACCUGUGAAAAAUACAUAUUGGAUGUAUAAUGAAGCUCUGUGGGCACAUGCAACAAGUUGUGAUAUUAAGAGAUGCAUUGAUUCAGCUGAGAAAGGAUUCAAAAUUUGGAGUACUAAAUCUAUUAUUUCUAGAAAUCAAAUAUUAUUCAAGUUUGCAUCCAUGUUAAAAUGUAAUGGUAAAUUUGCAUUGGCGGAUAAAAUAUUAAAAUGGAUAAAAUUUUCAAAUAUUUAUGAAACAUCAUUGCUGUGCUCUCAAAGUGAACGAUUAGAAAUAACAAAAAUGCGUCAGCCAAAAGGUGUUAUCAUCUUAAAAGAAAAAGAUGAAACUAUUUUGUUUGAUCGAUUAACACAAGUUUUAAUUGCUGGUAAUUCUGUCAUUGUGAUAUGUGAUGGAAAAGACUCCUGUAGUCUGGCACAAUAUUGUGAUAAGUUUUCAGUAUCUGAUAUACCAUCAGGUGUUAUAAAUUUAUUGUCACAUGACAAUUUGAAGACUUUAGAGGCUUCCUUAUGUGCAACUACAUAUGAUUCUUAUGCAGAACAAUUUUUCUUGAAAGACAAUCCAGAAAAAACAUAUAUAAAUCUUACUAUACCCAAAUAUAUUAUACUGCCUAUUAAAUAAUUUUCAUAAUAUAUUAUACAUGUAUAAUCUUCAGAUAGAACGAAAAUCUUUAGAUUGGAAUACAAGUAUGGGUAUAAAUACAAAAAAAAAUAUGU